GCACUAACUCGAUCCUUUUACAACGCACUGGACGGCGAUGUCAUUAACAUUCGCAACAAGUUCUGGAGACGUUGGUGACUUGGCGUUUAACAUCAACGUGUCAGGAUUAACGGACAUUGCCAUCAGAUGAGAAUUAAGGAUCUAUAUAGAUGUCGCCGAGGUGUCGCCACGGUCUUUUUUGGAUGACAGCGUGGUAGAACAUGGUUCCAGAGACGAUGCUGACUGGUAUACAGAACGGUAGUGCUCAUUUUUUCUUUCCACUGAACCAUCUCAGGACCUUGACAUCAUGCCCUUCCGUAGCCUUACUUUCCUGUCAGAGAAAGGCAAGGCUUCUCACCAAGAUGUAGAACUUGCAGAGGGAAAGAGCCCAGGACAUACGUUGGAGUCCACUGAGGAUAAUACUUCACAUAUCCCUCAUACCACGGUCGACCCCAAGAAGAAGAAAAAUCUGGAAGCACCUAGAGAAGAGGACGCUCACGCAGCGAGUUACCAUCGGUCUUCGGACCAACUAUGGUCACUGUACAAUAUUCACGCCAAGGAGGAGGACGAGAGAGCUCUGGGCAGGCUGAAAGCUGACCUGGAUAGCUUGUUGAUCUUCGCCGGACUGUUCUCCGCCGCCGUGACAGCUUUCAUAAUCGAAAGCUACAAGAACCUCAAUGCUGACCCUCAGGACAUCACAGUAGCCAUUCUUGCUCAGAUCUCAUUACAACUGGCAGCUCUGACGAACAGCUCAUUUGCUGCUGCCGCUACACCCGCAGUUCCCGCCCCGCCCUUUGAGCCGACAACGUCAUCUAUCCAUACCAAUGUACUGUGGGUGCUCAGUCUCAUUCUGAGCUUAACAUGCGCAAUGGGAGCUACUCUCAUACAAAUGUGGAUGGCUCGUUACGGUUUCAUUCUCCAACGCUUAUCCUCAAAGAUCUCCCAUCAUGCUGGUCCGCGCACCCAUCACAACGAAGGUCCCAUGCGGAUCGCCAUGUGGACAAGCUUUCUCUAUACACUCCUUCACAUAUCACUCUAUCUUUUCCUAGCUGGUUUGAUGACAUUUUUCGAACCUUUCAACUCGCUCAUAUCACACAUGGUCAAGGGCAUACUCAUCGCGUGGGCUACACUUUACGGGAUGUUUUCCCUCGCUCCAUUCGUUUACAGGAAUUCGCCUUAUAUCACGCCACUUACGACCAUACUACAAUUCAUUGGUGCCUUCCUCUAUAUCAUUUUAGGUUGUCUUGCAAUCAUAGUCGUAUUACCUUUCGGCCUGCUGGCUGCUCUUAUUACCAAGAGUUAUGCAACGUUUGAACGCUGGUCGUCCGUCUCCUUCAGCCUCCUUGUUGAUGCAAAGCGAUUGGCUAUUGCAAUCCCAGAUGUCAAGGCGGUUCCUCGUCCAUCUCCGGAACAGGAUCAGGAAGCACUCGAGUGGCUUUUGCAGCAAUCAGGAAGUGAUGAUGACUUUAUACAACUCGUGGAUGGAUUGAACUCCUACCUGACGUUUCCCAGGUUCGAGAAGGUAUCUACUGCUAAAAUCGUUCUGGGACUUGGAGAUCGCUUUGCAGGUCCGGGAUUAGGCGACCGCAUCGGAUCCAUACUACACGAAUGCGCGGAUGUCGAGUCACUCAGUGAAUCCGACAGGCUUCAUCGUACCGAUGCCUGCAUGCUCACAUUGCGCAGAGUAUUUUUGCAGAGCACGACAGUGGAGCGGUUGUCGGAUAUGGAAUGGAUGCUAUGGUGCACACGAGACGUGCUGGAGAGUAUUCUUGCACUUCAAAACGAUUCCAACCCAACAAUCGCACUCCGGGCACAAUGUACUGCCACUGUGCUCCUACAUCAAGCACUGGCAGACUGUGGUGACCUUAUUGAAUAUUCCAACGCCAAGGAGCUCCAUGUCGAGCCUCAUUGGAGUCUUCGUCAGAUGGUACAACACUUGCAGGGGCGAUUUUGGGUAGGAUACAUGCACCAACUCUCUAUCGUCCCGCUUCUGCUUCCAGAUCUCGGUAUUACACCAGAGAUUCCGCACUCCGAUGACGCUUUUAGUCUAUUUGUGACGGGAACUGUUUGGGGUGACAACGAAUCACAAACAGAACAAGUUACGGACGAAGUCACAAAUACUAAAAGGCGGCUCGUGGAUGAAGGAUCCCUCUAUGUACUUAAUGCCUUCCUCUCAUCGCUCCUUUCCAGAGCUAUCGGCGCGGCGGACGUAGACCUGCUAUCGGAUACGAUGCAAGUGGCAACAAAUAAUUUUAGUCUGGAGGGUACCAAUCGGGGGACCCAGCAAGUUUUUGUGGACCUUCUUGGGAGGAUUCUCAGCGAGAACCUGGUCAGUGACCAUCAGGAUUUCCAAGUGGAGUCAAUCCGGGCGGCAUUGCUUCCGGGGAGCGUCGUAGAGCGUCUGCUCCCUAUCGCAGAGAAAAUAAAUGACCCGGAUUGCGCUAGCCGUGCUCAGGAUCUUGUGGGAGCAUAUCGGCGUCGACGUGGUAGGGCCACUUUCGAUGUGGAAAGAUGAUUCUCCUGUCUCAAAGGGGUGUUUCAAGUUUGGGUCCCAAGUGAACUUAUGAUUGUGCAAUGCUUAAACCUGGCUGAUGAUUGACUAUACGGAGGGUACUCAGCUGGGGGUAGGGGGUGGGGUAUGGUGAAUUACUCGAGUAUAAUUAUAUAGCAUUGCAGGUAGUACAAUUAGUAUAACAUGAAGC